AUGGACUACUACGCCAUCCCCUACAAACCCAUGAUCUCAUCCCUCGAACAGUCCACAUCCCUCUCCCACUCCCGCCUCGUCCCCGCCCUCUCCGUCCCCCUCCCCGACAACCCCAUCCAAAUCACCGACUCCCUCGCCAUCCUCGAGUUCCUCGCCGAAUCCCACCCGGACCUACCCCUCUGGCCCCGCGACCGCGCCCUGCGCGCCCUCGCCCGCAGCGCCGUGGCCCGCAUGCACUCCGGCCUGUGCCGCGCGCUGCAGACCACCUACCACACCAACUUCCUGGGGCGGUACACGGGGAACGUGCCGCUGAGCGCGGAGGCGCGGGUAGAGGUGGAGCGGGUGCUUGCAUUGUGGGGGGAGUUGAGGAGGGAGACGGCGAGGAGGUUGGGGGAGCUGGGCGGGGAGGAUGGGGGGUUUUUGUGUGGGGAGUUUGGGAUUGUGGAUUCGUUCUUUUGGCCGGUGCUGUGGCGAUUCCGCUCGUAUGGGCUUCCCCUCGUUUCUGCCACGCCGGAGGCGCUUGCGUGGAUGAAGCAGAUGUGGAGUGAUCCGAAGAUGAGGGAAAUCCAGCGAGAUUAUCAUCGGCAGGGUGAAAGGCCAGAAACUGCCAUACCUGCUUAUGAUGAUAUCUUCAAAGAUCUUUCUGAUGUGCAGUACAGUUGGUUCCCCGAAGACUGGGAGUUUUAUGCUUAG